GAGUGUGAGUCGCCGCCGCACGUGGCGUUUGAUCAUGCUUUCGAGGAGAAGCUGCAGCAGCAUCUCAUCAUGGAGGGCCAGCUCGAGAAGAAGCUUGCCGAGGCCCUCAACACGAAGAUAAGUGAGCAGCUGAACGAGAGCAUACUGCCGCUGCACAAGACCUUCAACCAGCUGGAGGGAAAGCUGCAGAAGCAGAACAAGGAGAUGGAGGGCAAGAGGGCAAGCUGCAGAAAGCACACGCAGAUGGAGGACCAGCUCAACGAGAAGCUUGGGGAGGCCCUCGAGACGACGAAGGUGCAGCUGCGUGAGAGCCUGCAGCCGCUCCACAUGGUCACCCACAAGCUGGUGGAGAAGCAGGGGCAGCAGCACGCGAACAUGGAGGACCAGCUCGACGAGAAGCUAGACGGGGCCGUCAAGAAGACGAAGGACCAGCUGCUUGAGAACGUGCAGCCGCUGCACGAGAUCGUCAUGUCGAUCGUCGGCGCCGCAAGAUGA